AUGAAAACAACGGCAAACAAGGAAACAACGGCAAACAAGGAAACGACGGCUAACAAGGAAACAACGGCUAACAAGGAAACAACAGCAAACAAGGAAACAACAGCAAACAAGGAAACAACGGCAAACAAGGAAACGACGGCUAACAAGGAAACAACGGCUUACAAGGAAACAACGGCUAACAAGGAAACAACGGCCAACAAGGAAACAACGGCAAACAAGGAAACAACGCCUAACAAGGAAACAACGGCAAACAAGGAAACAACGGCUAACAAGGAAACGACGGCUAACAAGGAAACAACGGCUAACAAGGAAACAACGGCUAACAAGGAAAAAACGGCUAACAAGGAAACAACGGCUUACAAGGAAACAACGGCUAACAAGGAAACAACGGCUAACAAGGAAACAACAGCAAACAAGGAAACGACGGCAAACAAGGAAACAACGGCAAACAAGGAAACAGCAAAAUAUUGGAAACAACAGGAAUUUAGGCGACAUAAAAACAAUGGAAAUGUUGAAAGAAUGGACACGCCAGGAGUUAAGUAG